CGUCGUAUUACGCUUCCUGGUUAGCAUAUGACAGCUAACAUCGGUUCAUUGCCUCCGUUUAACUGACUAAAACUUAACUAUAAAUGCAAGCAGCUUUCUGUCGUACCAACUGAGAUUUCUGUGCACAGGGUCCGGGACCACCGCAGCUCCGAAUAUGAACCCCGAGAAGGACUUUUCGCCUCUGACGCCCAACAUUGUCAGGGCUCUGAAUGACAAACUGUACGAGAAGAGGAAAGUGGCAGCUCUAGAAAUCGAGAAACUGGUGCGAGAGUUUGUGGCUCAGAACAACUCGACUCAAAUCAGGCAUGUGAUCCAGAUUUUGGCCUCGGAGUUUGCCCUCUCUCAGCACCCCCACAGCCGGAAGGGGGGUCUCAUUGGACUAGCAGCUUGCUCUAUCGCCCUAGGAAAGGACUCAGGUCUGUAUCUGAAGGAGCUUAUUGAGCCUGUACUCACGUGUUUUAAUGACUCAGACAGCCGUUUGCGCUAUUAUGCCUGCGAGGCGCUGUAUAACAUAGUCAAAGUUGCAAGGGGAGCAGUGCUGCCCCACUUCAACCUGCUUUUUGAUGGUCUCAGCAAGCUGGCAGCAGAUCCAGACCCUAAUGUGAAAAGCGGAUCUGAACUCCUGGACAGACUGCUGAAAGACAUUGUUACAGAAAGUAACUCCUUUGACUUGGUGGCAUUUGUUCCCCUGCUGAGGGAGAGAAUUUACUCCAAUAAUCAGUAUGCAAGGCAGUUCAUAAUUUCUUGGAUCCAUGUUCUGGAGUCGGUGCCAGACAUCAACCUGUUAGACUAUCUCCCCGAGAUACUGGAUGGGCUCUUCCAGAUCCUGGGGGACAACAGCAAGGAGAUCCGUAGGACGUGUGAGGUGGUCCUGGGAGAGUUUCUGAAGGAGAUUAAGAAGACACCCUCCAGUGUUAAAUUUGCUGAGAUGGCCAACAUUCUGGUCAUCCACUGUCAGGUUGCAGAUGAGACCAAACUGACAAAUGAUCUGAUCCAGCUGACAGCCAUGACAUGGAUGAGAGAGUUCAUCCAGCUUGCAGGCCGCGUGGUUCUCCCCUACUCUUCGGGCAUCCUGACUGCAGUGCUGCCAUGCCUGUCCUACGAUGACAGAAAGAAAAAUACCAAAGAAGCGGCCAGUGCUUGUAAUCACAGUCUGAUGAAGCUAGUGACUCCAGAGGAUGAUGAAGAGGAGGAGGAGGAGGAAAAAAGUGCGAGCACGGGGUCUCCGUCCAGGGAAGAUGGUAAGCCCAAAAUGGAUACAGACAGCAACAACAUGCUGAAUGCAUCGCAAGAAUCUGUUGGUUUCAGUAACAUCAGUUUCUUCACUCCAGCGAGUGCCGAUAGGCCUCAAGUAACUCUGGACUUAGAUGGCAUUGUUCAAGUUUUAGACCGCCACCUCCAUGACUCCUCCACUGGCAUGAUGACUCGCAUAGCUGUGCUCAAAUGGCUUUAUCACCUCUACAUAAAGACGCCACGCAAAAUGUUCCGCCACACAGACAGCCUGUUUCCUAUGCUGCUGAAAACCCUGUCCGAUGAGUCGGAUGAGGUGAUACUGAAAGAUCUUGAGGUGCUAGCUGAGAUAGCAUCCUCACCUGCCGGCCAGACAGACCAAGCUUCCUCCUGUGACGGCACCGACAACAAACUGGAGCUCAAGGUGCCAGAGGUUGCUAAAUCAGGACAGCAGCCCAGCACAGGCUCCAAAGCAGUGGACUCCUCUCCGUCCACUCCGAGCAUGAAUUCUUACUUUUAUAAAUUCAUGAUCAACCUGCUGAAGCGUUUUAGUUUGGAGAGGAAGCUUCUGGAGAACAGAGGAGCUUUCAUUAUCAGACAGUUGUGUCUGUUACUUCACGCAGAGAACAUCUUCUAUUCCAUGGCUGACAUUCUGCUGAAGGAAGAGGACCUUAAAUUUGCCUCCACCAUGGUUCAGACGCUCAACACUAUCUUGCUCACCUCAGCCGAGCUAUUCCAGUUGCGCAACCAGCUUAAAGACCUCCGCACUCAAGAGAGCUGUGCUUUAUUUUGCUGCCUGUAUCGUUCCUGGUGCCACAACCCUGUGGCCACUGUGUCACUCUGUUUCCUCACACAGAACUACAAGCAUGCGUACGAUCUAAUCCAGAAGUUCGGAAAUCUGGAGGUGACGGUAGACUUCCUGAUGGAGGUCGACAAGCUGGUGCAGCUCAUAGAAAGCCCCAUUUUUACCUACCUGCGUUUGCAGCUCCUAGAUGUGGAGAACAACCCAUACCUGAUCAAAGCACUGUACGGUCUGCUUAUGCUACUGCCGCAGAGCCAGGCCUUCCAGCUGCUCUCCCACCGGCUGAGGUGUGUCCCCAACCCAGAGCUCAUGAGAACUGUUGAUGAAUCCAAGUAUAUGGAUGCUAAACAGCAGGUGGCUUCAAAACGGGCUUCUCAUAUUCAGAUUAAUUACAAUGAGCUGCUUCAGCAUUUCGAUCGUGUUCAGAGUAAACACCUCGAGGUCAGACACCAGCGCUCUGGACGUGCCUCUGAUCACCCUGAUAGGAAGCUGAUGUGAAGUCACUGUGCCAUUGUGACCUCUGGUCACUGAGUGUGAGGAGAGUGGAAGAAAAACAUUAAGGAAUCAGGAAUAUUGUAGUUGUGCGGAGAAGAUUGUUAAAUGUUAUUGAAGCCAAACAGUAUUAAACAUAAUUGUUUUUGUCAGAGAAACACUGGGUAUAUGUUGGCAAAACAGAUGGAAUUAUUUGUCCUUAUCAUGAGGAAAUAUUUAGGUGAUAAUGAACAUUUAAACAGAUAGGAUCUUUAAGUGACUCCAUACUACAUGGAAACACAGAUAUGGAAACUUAUUAUUUAAUUUGUUCGAUAUGGAGAUUGCGCAUAAAAUCUUACACCUCAUAACUAGUUCUAGUUACAAUUAAGGCAUAUCCAUUUUCCAUCUUGCCUGGUCAGCAGAUUUUACGGGAAAAUUAAAUGUUCGCAGGGUUUCAGGUGAAACUCGUGUGUUAAAUAUCAUGCUCUGUUCAUUUAAUUUCAAUGUGAAUCAUUAUUUUUAUGGUGUACCCCUUUUUGAGCAUGCAUUAAGAUUUGCCUUAAUCUCAUGUCUGAUAUCUCUGAGAUUUUAACCCUGGGUAGGCAUUGAUAACUGAACUGUCUAUCAUUCUUCUUUGUGUUGUUAUACCUCUUUUUUUCACUAUAUUAUCGAUGAUAUAUUUUUAACUUACACACCUUCAGCUUUUAAUUCCAUGUCUCUUAUAAGGUUAUCUAUCAUCUAAUAUGUAUAUUUUUAUUGUCUGUUUAUCCCGAAUGUUGUGUCAUUAUGUUUUGCACUAUUGUCAUUCCUAUAUGAAAAUCAAUAAAGUGGAUCAUGUGAUUAAAAAGAU